GCGCAGGCGCCGCAGCCAGCUCCCCCGCCCCCCACCCCGCGCGAAGAGUGCGCAGGCGCGCCGACAGAGGAGUUUUCUGCGCUUCCUUCUCCCUCUCUCCAGACGUCGUGGUCGUUCGGUCCUAUGUCGCGCCGGGCCCUGCGGAGGCUGAGGGGGGAACAGCGCGGCCAGGAGCCCCUCGGGCCCGGCGCCCUGCAGUUCGAUCUCCGUGAUGACGAUGACGCGGAAGAAGAAGGGCCCAAGCGGGAGCUUGGUGUCCGGCGUCCCGGGGGCGCAGGGAAGGAGGGCGUCCGAGUCAACAACCGCUUCGAGCUGAUAAACAUUGACGAUCUUGAGGAUGACCCUGCGGUGAACGGGGAGAGGUCUGGCUGUGCGCUCACAGACGCUGCGGCACCAGGGAACAAAGGAAGGGGGCAGCGUGGAAACACAGAGAGCAAGACGGAUGGAGAUGUCACCGAGACAGCGCCCUCAGAGCAGUCUAAUGCAAGUGGCAAACUCCGGAAGAAGAAAAAAAAACAGAAAAACAAGAAGAGCAGCACGGGAGAAGCAUCGGAAAACGGACUAGAAGAUAUCGAUCGCAUCCUAGAGAGGAUUGAGGACAGCACUGGGUUGAACCGUCCCGGCCCAGCUCCCCUGAGCUCCAGGAAACACGUUCUCUACGUGGAGCACAGACACUUGAAUCCAGACACAGAACUGAAAAGGUAUUUUGGUGCCCGAGCAAUCCUUGGGGAGCAAAGGCCACGGCAGAGACAACGCGUAUACCCCAAGUGCACAUGGCUGACCACCCCUAAAAGCACCUGGCCCCGCUACAGCAAACCAGGUCUGUCCAUGCGGCUGCUGGAAUCAAAAAAAGGCCUCUCCUUCUUUGCGUUUGAGCACAGUGAGGAGUACCAGCAGGCUCAGCACAAGUUCCUGGUGGCCGUGGAGUCUAUGGAGCCGAACAACAUCGUGGUUCUGCUCCAGACAAGCCCUUACCACGUUGACUCACUCCUGCAGCUCAGCGAUGCCUGCCGCUUUCAAGAGGAUCAGGAGAUGGCUCGAGACCUCGUAGAGAGAGCGCUGUACAGCAUGGAAUGUGCGUUCCACCCCCUGUUCAGUCUCACCAGUGGGGCCUGCCGGCUGGAUUACCGCAGACCCGAGAACAGGAGCUUCUACCUGGCCCUCUACAAGCAGAUGAGCUUCCUGGAGAAGCGAGGCUGCCCGCGCACGGCAUUGGAGUACUGCAAGCUCAUCCUGAGUCUCGAGCCGGAUGAGGACCCCCUCUGCAUGCUGCUGCUCAUCGACCACCUGGCCUUGCGGGCCCGGAACUACGAGUACCUGAUCCGCCUCUUCCAGGAGUGGGAGGUGGGUGCGAGCCUGGCUCAUCGGAACCUGUCCCAGCUCCCGAAUUUUGCCUUCUCCGUUCCACUGGCGUAUUUCCUGCUGAGCCAGCAGACAGACCUCCCUGAGUGUGAGCGGAGCUCUGCCAGGCAGAAGGCCUCUCUCCUGAUACAGCAGGCGCUCACCAUGUUCCCUGGAGUCCUCCUGCCCCUGCUCGAGUCUUGCAGUGUGCGGCCCGACGCCACCGUUUCCAGUCACCGCUUCUUCGGACCCAACGCUGAAAUAAGCCAGCCCCCUGCCCUGAGCCAGCUGGUGAACCUGUACCUUGGGAGGUCACACUUUCUCUGGAAAGAGCCCGCCACCAUGAGCUGGCUGGAGGAGAACGUCCACGAGGUUCUGCAAGCCGUGGACGCCGGGAACCCAGCCGUGGAAGCCUGUGAGAACCGGCGGAAGGUGCUCUACCAGCGUGCACCCAGGAAUAUCCACCGCCAUGUGAUCCUCUCUGAGAUCAAGGAAGCCGUCGCUGCCCUGCCCCCGGACGUGACCACGCAGUCUGUGAUGGGGUUUGAUCCUCUGCCUCCUUCGGACACAAUCUACUCCUACGUCAGGCCAGAGAGGAAGGGAGAGGAGGAGAGGAAGUGUUAUUUGGGGGUCACAGCUCUGCGUUUGCAGGCCGCGUUCUUUCCCAUCUCCACCGAACGUACGAGCGCUUGCGUGUCGGCCUCUGUGGCAGGUGCAAGUGACACAGUGGAAGCAGGUGUGCGGUGAAGUGGGGAAAACAUAUUAAUUUUAGAAUCUAGAAAUAAACAUAAAAUCAAAACUGCACCAGCCUGGCCAACAUGGCGAAACCCCAUGUCAACUAAAAAUACAAAACUUAGCCGGCUGGGUGCAGUGACUCACGCCUGUAAUUCCAGCAGUUUGAGAGGCCAAGGUGGGCAAAUCACAAGGUCAAGAGAUUGAGACCAGCCUGGCCAACAUGCUGAAAACCCGUCUCUACUAAAAUACAAAAAAAUUAGCUGGGUGUAGUGGCGCACACCUGUAGUCCCAGCUACUUGGGAGGCUGAGGCAGGAAAAUUGUUUGAACCCGGGAGGCAGAGGUUGCAGUGAGUGGAGAUCGUGCCACUGCACUCCAUCCUGGCAACAGAGGAAGGCUCCGUCUCAAAAAAAAAAAAAAAAAAAAAAAAAAUUAGUUGGGUGUGGUGGGUUGCGCCUGUAAUCCCAGCUACUCAGGAGGCUGAGGCAGGAGAAUCCCUUGAACCCGGAAGGAGGAGGUUGCCGUGAGCUGAGAUCACGCCACUGCACUCCAGCCUGGGUGACAGAGUGACUCCAUCUCAAAAAAAAAAAAAAAAAACCUCCAGUAAGGUGUUUGGAGGAAGGAUGGUGGCUGUGCUGAGACGGAGAGGAAGGAUGGUGGCUGUGCUGAGACGGAGAGGAUGAAUGUGCCCUCAGCAGGCUCGGGGGAGAGGGUCCUCAUGUUCCACCGCAGAGUCACGAUGUGCCAAGGCCCUGUGCCAGGAGCAGAGCACACGGCACAUUGAGAGAACAAAAGCCCCAUGGCCAGACCGGGAGAGCAGGGCUGCGGCCCAAGAGGGCCAACUGCCAGGCUGCCGGUGUGUCUGGCUUUCAGAAUCUGGGUCAUUGAAAGGCUUUUUACCUUUCCUUCUGGGCUCGAAAGUACUUGCCUUACCCAGGCCCCGUCACCCACACAGUGGUCGUCGUGAUUAUCCCUGCCGGCAGGGCGUUGCAGCAUUGAGGAAUCGCGGUUCUUUGCCGCCUCCCUCCGCUGUGGAGCCCAGGCUUUCGCCCUCCCUAGAGCUCCUUAGGCCUGGCCGCUCAGCGUCCUGUAGAGCCGGGCCGCGGUAGCCCUUCGCACCCUGAGGGUCUCCGCUUAGCGCAGGCCCUGGAAGCUUCUGCCUUUGCAUAAGGAGUGUGUGCUGAAGGAGACGUUGAAACUGCAGCUUUUCUGAAAAGCAAGGCACCUGUGCAGUGGCCGAGGAUGGCUGUGGGAGCCUCGCUCCGGACCCCACGCCUGCCUCAGCGGACUUGGUCUCCCUCAUCCUGUUCCCGCUGUCCACACCCCCACCCUAAGCUGAUAAGGAAGCCUCACGGUCCACCCGGGGAAUCCAGGCCCUGUGCUCAGCUGCUGCUGCUCUGCCCCCUGGCGGCCCCUCCGUGUCCCUGCGAGGCAGCUGGCAGGCAGCCCCGUGAGUCGGGUUGGGUCCCACAAGUCUCAG